AUGACUGCACUACUGCAGCAAUUCUUGACAACUGCCUCGCCAGUCUUUGAAGGGCGUGAUGCUGCUCCUGUGCAGCAACGCGCGGUCGAGCGCUUGGCCCAGACGCUGAAGCAAUCUACAGUCGGAGACGAGGUUGCCAUGUCGACCGUCUACGCCUUGCUCAACAUCCUCUACAGUCACAACUCCAAAGACAAGCUGCUUGCCCAUGAACAGUCGAUUAUCAUUCAGGAGAACGUGAUUGCCGCGAUUGCCAAAAUUGCUUACAUCUACGAAAGCGAAAAGGUCACUUCCUUGGUCCUGUCGAUGAUGGCUCAACAACUUCGCCACCACAGCACCCGUCUGGACUGUGUCAUUAUUCAGCGCUUGACAGACAUGGCCCUUACAGGAUCCCUGGCAUCCUUUAACGAUAUCACACAGAUUUUCUCUGGACUCGCAAAGCAAUCCACUGCAUCUCACCACAAAGUGGCCCCCAAGGAACUGUCUGAAACCGUAUAUGCCAGCCUGCGGCGUCUGGCAACGACAAUUAAUACGCGACCUGAGUUCUAUCAUUCGUACAUGGUGACUCUGCUCAAGCUCUUUGUCGACCAAGGAAUCCAUAUCCAGUCCGCCAAUCAUUCGCACAAGCGUGGACAUAACAAAGUUAACACACUCUCUGCGAUUCUCGGAGGCCUCCUGCCAAUUUUGGCAGAACUUCUCUCGCAUAAGGACUUUGAGCCCCAUGUCACUCCAACAAAUGAGGACGUCAAGCUUUUCCGCGAUGUCUGGUUCCACUGCAUUCUAUUCGAGUUCGUGAAGGACUCUCAUUGGUCGAAGGAAUGGAACAGCGCCAUGUUGACUAUCGCACGCAAGACCCCAGCGUUUGUCUCUGGCGACCAUGGCGCAAACGCCUACUUGGAAGGAGAUCUGGAGUACAAUACUGUGCUUCCGAGAGGCACCAUGGAUAGCGAGAAGGCGGCGAUGAGAGCCACUUUGACCAGUUACUUGCCUGGACAGGCUAUGGUUAUCAAGAAUCUGAGCUCCGCCAAGGUGGUUUUCCUGCUAUCGGUUUAUCACGUCGAGACCAUGCGUAGCCGUCAAGGAAAUUGCUCGCAUAUCCUACAAUACUUCAUGAACACUGGUGUCAACGACGGAGGACUCUCCGCCUGCCUAGAGUCGAUUGCGGACCAAGUUGUCAGCGUGUUCAUUUCCGAGACCCAGAGCCUGGCACUCGCCCAUAGCUUGGACGAGGACGUUCGAGAGCAGGUCCGUAACUUGGUCGUGGGCUGCGCUCAUCGCCUGAAGCGAGUAAGCACCUUGGCUACCAAGUGGGUCCACCGUAUGAUCGCUUCCUUCCCACAGCUCAUGUGCGACAAGAGCCUGUUGACCUUGGUGCUUGAGGUGAGCGAGCUCCUCUGGUUGAGCUGCGAGAACGAACUGACAGAUGAGUACUGCCCCAUCUACAGCUUCACAUCGUCCAUGGUCGACGUCACCGUCAGCCUUCCAGAUUCUUAUCCUUACCGGAGAGAGGUGUUAACCAAGUUUGUGGACCUAGCCCGCAAGUGGAUUGCUGCUGCUAUGGCCAACUCACCUCAAGAAGUCGAUGCCCUGCUACAGAAUUACCUUGCUGAAUCUGAAAAGAUUCAUACAGGAAUCAGUCGUGUUCACAUGGGCCGAACCCUUGCUGCUCGCGCAGGCAAGGAUCUCGUCAAAAACCAUAACAGCUUCGACACUCUUGCCAACAUCCCUUCAGCCUUGAUCGACAAUUCGUCUGUCUUCUUCCAGGAAUUUUCAGCUCGUCGCCGGUACCAGGGAGAGAUUGGAGGUAUGGAGACCUUCUCUGCAGCGUUUACGCCCCAGUCUGGCUCAGUCAUCAAGAGCCAGCUACCUGCCCUCCGUGAAAAUCUCCGGACCAUGCUGCAGAAGGUCAAGGACGACCAGUUUAUCCCCAACAAGGACCUUGCGAACGCCCUUCACCGCGCUGUCAGUGCGUUGGUGACCCUAGACAAGGGUGAGGAGGAUCUGGUCAAGAUGGUCGUCUGGAUUCCUAUUUACUUGUUCACCCCUGACAGCAUGAAGAUCGGUACAUCUGUCUGGAACUGGUUGAUCACGGAGAAGCCUGCUGUGGAAAAGCGACUCAUGUCUGAGGUUGCGUCUGGCUGGGAAUGGGCUUUCCAGCACCAAAAGGGUCUCUUCUCCUCCUUGCUCAACUCUGAGGAUCCCUUCCGCGUGCGCAUGGAAUAUGCCCCAACCGACAAGAAGGCACGCCAGAAGAGCUACAAGAUCGCGUCGUACCUGUUUGCACCCCAUACUAUUUGGAUCGAGUUUCUCUCAAGUCGGUUCCAGGCAACCCGCUACAGAAACCGUGAUAUGGUCGACAUUUUUACGCGCCUGCUUCAACUGACUUUCGGAAAUGAGCACAGGAUGAGUACUCAUCCCUUGGCAAGAGAGGGUCGCUUCCUGCUCCUUAUCCUCGGUCUUCAGCUGCUUCAGAGCAACAAUAUGGAGGCAUUGAUUGAGUACAAGCUCCGUUCUGUGCUGUAUCUCUCGGCCUUGUCUUGGUUUGAACUCUCUCCUCGAUGGUCCUUUGGAGGCAAUAAGAUGCUAAGCAAGACCGAGACUCGUAUCAUGAAGGAGUUUGGUGUCGCGCUCGAAAAAGACAAGAUUUUGCUGGACACCAUCUUAUCGAGUAUUCAGGCAGGAGCUAGUGGUGCUGACUACAUUUUCACAGAAAAAUUGACCCGCGAUGCCAUUGUUCGCAAGCACACUCAGUGUCGUCGUCUCUUGUCGCUGCUAACCGAGAACGAACUGAGCCGAUUGGGUGUCUGGAGCACGCCUUUGGUCCUGAACGGUGCCAUCUCCGUGGUGAAUACCCAGGAGAAGAGUUUCUCGGAGGAGGCAUGGCGCACCAUGGUUCGAUUCGCAUGGAGCGUCUCGCCUAGCCUUGCCCUCCAGUUGAUGACCCGUUUCAAGAACAGCGCCAUCCCUAGCGAAAUCGGCCGACUUUUGGCCAGCAACCCCUUUGCGGCGGUCCAAGACGCGGAUGCGAUCCAGAUCUUGUUGGGCGAGGGUACGUUCCGCUACACUUCCGCGCAACUCAAGUAUCUUCUGUUCUGGCAGCCAGUUCCGUCUAUCACGGCCAUUUCGUACUUCCAGCCUGCGUUCCACAACAAUCCUAUGGUUUUGCAGUAUGCAAUGCGCUCGCUGGAGCACUCUCCAGUCGAGGUAGUCUUCUUUUACGUCCCCCAGAUUGUACAGGCGCUUCGACAUGAUGAUCUGGGCUAUGUUGAAAAGUACAUUAUGAGAGCAGCGCGCGUCUCGCAGCUGUUUGCCCAUCAGAUUAUCUGGAACAUGAAGGCCAACAUGUACAAGGACAACAAGUGCGAGGUCCCUGAUGCACUCAAGCCCACGCUCGACAGGAUCAUCGACAAUAUCGUGAACGGACUUUCGGGUGAGGAUAAAAGCUUUUAUGAGCGCGAAUUUGCCUUCUUCAACCAGGUUACAUCGAUCUCAGGAACGCUGAUGCCUUUGGUCAAGAGACCCAAGCCAGAGAAGAAAAAGAAAAUUGACGAGGAAAUGGCCAAGAUUGUGGUCGAUGUCGGGGUAUACCUGCCCAGUAACCCCGAGGGUGUUGUGGUCGAUAUUGACAAGCACUCGGGACGACCGCUGCAGAGUCACGCCAAGACGCCCUUCAUGGCCACGUUCAAGGUCCGCAAGACUCGUGAAGAGUCCGCCCUUGACAAGGCAAUCAUGAAGAGAUCUGAGGAGGAAGAAAAAGAGGAUGUCCCGAAGACUUAUGAUGUCUGGCAAUCGGCUAUUUUCAAGGUCGGAGAUGACUGUCGUCAGGAUGUGCUGGCGAUCCAGCUGAUCGCGGUCUUUAAGAACAUCUUCACCAACGUUGGACUAGAUCUAUAUCUUUUCCCCUACCGCAUUGUUGCCACGGCACCCGGAUGCGGUAUGAUCGAUGUGAUCCCCAACUCGAUCUCGCGCGAUCAGCUCGGUCGCGAGAAGGUGAAUAACCUGCAGGACUACUUCGUGACCAAGUACGGUGGUGUAGACUCGAUCAAGUACCAGAUGGCGCGUAACAACUUCAUCCAGUCCGUGGCCUCGUACAGUGUGAUCUCGUACCUGCUCCAGUUCAAGGAUCGUCAUAACGGUAACAUCAUGAUCGACGACGAGGGCCAUGUUAUCCAUAUCGAUUUCGGAUUUAUCCUCGACAUCUCACCCGGAGGUAACAUCAACUUCGAGUCGUCACCGUUUAAGCUGACGUCGGAGAUGAUCCAGAUCAUGGGAUCGAGUGUUGAGGAUCAGGGAUACCGAUGGUUCUGUGAGUUGUGCGUCAAAGCUUUCUUGGCGUCGCGUCCAUAUGCGGAACAGAUCAUCCAGCUGGUCGCGCUGAUGCUCGAGUCUGGAUUGCCUUGCUUCCGCGGUGAGACCAUUAAGCGCAUGCGAUCGAGAUUCCAGUUGGAUCGAUCGGAGAGAUCUGCGGCGGAGUUUAUCUUGGAGCGCGUGGAUGAGUCGUACCUGAACAAGCGCACGGUGCUUUAUGAUUCCUUCCAGAAGGCGACCAAUGGCAUUCCUUAUUAA